AUGUUCUUACGAUGGAAAAAAAAAAUAGAAAUUCUUGCUAAACUGGACAAAGAUGAGACUAGCGUAUCUUUAGCCCGUCUUUAUAAUAUAGGUAAAGCAACAGUUACAGAUAUUAAAAACAACCGUCAUGCAAUCAUAGAUUUUGCGUCAAAAAUGGAUAGUGAUGAUGGAAUAAAAAGAAGGAAAGUUAUGAAAGUCGUAAAAUAUCAUGAUCUUGACAAAGCAAUGGAAAUGUGGUUUAUACAAAAACGAAGCUUAAAUGAACUAAUUUCUGGACCACUCAUAUGUGAAAAAGCUCUCAAGAUGAAUACAAAACUUAAUGGCCCUGAAGAUUGUAAGACCAGUAGUGGCUGGCUUCAUAAAUUCAAAUCUCGACAUGGAAUACGUGAGUUACAUAUUCAAGGUGAAUUAUUAUCAGCCGAUUCUAGUAGCGCUGAAAAUUUUAAGCAAACAUUUCAAUUAUUUGUGGAAAAAGAAGGAUAUUCUCAAGAUUCCGUUUACAAUGCCGAUGAAAGUGGAUUAUUCUGGAAAGCACUACCAAGAAAAUCACUUGUUUCUUGCCAAGAACAUACAGCGCGUGGCUUUAAGGUAUCCAAAGAAAGAAUAACAAUUAUGACAUGUAAUGAUGCUGCUGGGACCCAUAAAUUGCCAUUACUACUCAUAGGAAAAUCAAAGAAACCACGGUGUUUCAAGAACAUAAAAAGUUUACCGGAUCAUCACAAGACAGGUAAAGUGUUACUCUCACUAAACAUUGCACCCACUUACCUAUCCGCCGAAGUAUUAAAUUUAAUUGAUCCAGAUUAUCAAGUCAUGUUUUUUCCACCAAACGUAACGUCUUUGAUUCGUCCAUGA